AACAGGAAGUUGAAUGUCGUGUGUCAUUUGUAACUUGACGCUGCUCAUUCCGGUUUAUUGGCGUAAAAUGCAGAGGUGUGUGUGGAUCAGGGUCUGACUAUCUUCACGCCCCUCACACUGACUCACUCACAUUCUGAAGCUUCACUUUGACCUGACCAGACUGGCGCACACUCACAGAUUUCUGACGCACAACCAUGCAAACCGAACCACUGAAAUCUCUUGGAAAAGUUAACUUUACGCACGGAGCGCGCGGCGUGGGCACUCGACUGUAGGAGUGACAGCAACUGUGCGCCCAUGGAUCAGGCUACAAGUGUUCGCUUGUCUUUAUCCAUGUGAAAGUCAUUUGAGGAGUCAGGAGGAGACAUGAACGGCCUCGCUGCUGCGGUGCCAGAGGAGAUCCGUUAGUCUGUUGGAUUUACCAGAGCUCACAAGUCUUUACAACUGGAAUCUACACAGCACUUUUAUUUUUCCUCACAAUUUACUGCGUGUUUCGAAACUACUCUUGGAUCAUACUCCGCGCUUCAAAACUUUUUUGGAGGCUUUGGAUCCGAAUUACGCGCGACAUUGAUCCAACAAAUGACUCCUAAGUGCUUUGCAGCUUCCCCACUUCACCACCUCAGCUCCCUUCACCGUACAAAUCAACCCUUUCACCGCCUUCACCGGGUCAGACGCGGGGAGUGAAGAUCCACCUGGUCGAGGAUGCGUGGAGGAGGAGGAUUACCGAGGACUGUCGCCGUGAUAAUGACACUCCUCCUGGUCGUAAUGGACGUGGACGCGAGCGGGGAGUACUGUCACGGCUGGCAAGACCCGCAGGGAGUGUGGAAAGAAGGGUUCCAGUGUCCGGAGAAGAUUGACGCAGACGACGCGAUCAUCUGCUGCGGGAAAUGCGAGCUGCGCUACUGCUGCUCCAGCAGUGAUGCGCGGCUGGAUCAGGGAAGCUGCGUCAACGACCGACAGGCGCAGGAGCCCGGGACAGAGGGCAAAGACAACAAGGACACUGGUGCAGUGCCCAUCUAUGUGCCGUUCCUGAUCGUGGGCUCUGUGUUUGUCGCUUUCGUUUUGGUCGGGUCCGUGGUCGCCGUGUGUUGCUGCCGCUGCCUCCGGCCCAAACACGAACUCUCAACCGGUGGUGCGACAGGAGGCGGGGCCGGCAGUGGACGCCUCCUCGAGACCAUACCCAUGAUGGCCAACACGUCCAGAGGCUCCUCGUCCCGUCAGUCCAGCACAGCCACCUCGUCCAGUUCCUCCGCCCCGCCCGCCGCACCUCGCCCUGCUCCCCCUCAGCUCAUGCGGGCUCAGGCCUCCUGCUGCCUGCCGCCCGACGCCAGCGUCUUCGUCAACAUGCCCACCAACUUCUCUGUACUCAACUGCCAGCAGGCCACGCAAAUCAUGCCACACCAGGGACAGUUCCUGCACCCGCAGUACAUCGGCUACGCCCACCCCGUUUCCCCCACCGCGGCCUUCCUGGAUCCGACCCAGGUGGGAUACAGGCCCAUGCAGUCCCCGUGCCCUCCUCCCACCGGAGGGUCGAGUGUCACCGGUGACCAGAAAUACCCUCCAGUGACAGUGUGACAAGGGGGCCGACUCAAGGACCACUCCGCCUACCUUUGUUGUGAAGUUUAACCUGUGAGGGCCGCGCCAGAGACCCUUUUCUGCCAGAGAGGAAAAAGAAAGGUGGGGGAGGG